UGUACACUGUAUACUAUAUACUGUAUAUAUAAAUAUAAUUUUUAACAUUUUUUCUACACGUGUGAAUUGUCAAGCUCGCAUGUUCAGUUUGUGUCUGACAGUCCGAGUCAGUUAUAACGUAUUUGCACAAGUGAACGCAAAUGAUGGAUGCGGUUACACAACCAUUACAUUUUAUGCGGGUGAACAGGUAUUUAUGGUUGCUUGAGACGAUAACUAUAUGUUACUCGCGUGCAAUAAUUAUUAACGCUUUGAGUGGCACAAACACUUUUUCCCCGCCUUAUUAAUUUCUCACUAUUUUUUCGUAAUAACGUUUUGUUUGUCUUUUACUAGGAUCACAGAUGUACAGAAAUUAUGGACCGUACGUUGAAUUUGUUAAAUUUGUACGAACUAUUGCACAACACUUUGCUAAUCACGGAGGAAGUGAAGGAAAUAUUGAGAAGAGACUGUAACCAGGCGGCGUUUGUUUUAAAACCGUGGCAGAUGAAAACUGUUGUUGAAAAACGAAUCGACGAAAGCACCUGUAGUUGUAAAAAAAAUGAAAAUGAAGCUGAGGAGAUUGCCGCGGGGAUAGGCAAAGCGAUCGUUCUGGCGCAAGAAUUGCGGGAGAAAUUAAAACUUAAUGUAGCGUUGAGAAAGAAAGCUUCAAGGACAGACACAAUUGAAAAUAUUUAUUUAUCCAAUCCUACGUCGACUAGUAGUCACAAGAGAAUAUCGAAGAGCAAUGUUACAACGCAGAAAGUAAACGUCACAAAGAGCCGUCCUGAUUAUAAAAAAUCAAAUGCGCUUCAAAAUGACACAGCAACUUCCGUCGCGACGAGAAAAUCUGUACAAAGUGGUAGUACCAAACGGAGUAACGUUAUCGAUAAGAUGCAAUCGAAGGUGUUGCCUGCAAAAGUUGCGGAAAAGCCAAAGAAAGGAAAGAAUUUUAUACUGGAAAAUAAAUUAAAUGUUAAGAAGAUAAGUUCGUCGAAUAAAUUACAAGUUGAUGACAAUAAUAUCUCACAAAAUUCGAGAAAGUCUUUACCGGUUGAGACGUCAGCUGCUGAAUUAAGCGAUUUAAUACACAAAAUGACACGGCGGCAAUCUACCGAAAAUGCUUUAAUUUCUUUUCCUGAAAACGCGAAGAAUGAUUGUCCUUUACAUGGAAAUAAUGCGUGUCAAUUUGUUCAAGAACAGAUCGUAGCGAUAGAUGUAGUGGAAGCGCUCCGGUAUUUUAAUGUGCCAAAUGAAAUUGUUAAGGUACUGAGAACUUAUUACUCGUUUCUAAAAACUGAAGUAGAUUUGAAUGAUAUUAAAGAGGACAGAUACGAGAGAUCUAUCGAUACUUUUCUGAAAGAAUUUGAAGCUAUGAAUAUAAUUAUGCAAGAUUAUUUAUUAGAUGAGCCUCACUUACUUAAUAAAGCAGCAAAAUCGAUAACAGCAUUUAGUAGCAUUUUUAAUGAAGAUUUAGAAACAAUCCAAUCCAAUGACACGAAGACCGCUUCCGCCGAACUAAGAGCCUCUUUCAACCAGUGUAAUAUCAAGAAUAAUGCAGAACCGGUUAUAAAAAACUCAUCCUAUAAUUUGUCUGUGGCGACGGGAUGGAUGUCAAAUGGCAUUUGGAAUAUUUCCUGUAUCGAGCACUUAAAAAAUUUUUCUAAAGCAUACAACAUAAGAUACUGUAAUAAGAAGCAACUGUUAUCACUAUACGAAGCUAUACAAAAAUUGCAGCGCACCAAAUAUCUAAAUACAUUAAUCGAAAUUGUUUUACGCGAUGUGAUACCUACCAUCAAGUCUAAUAUCGAACCUGUAAGCACGGAAUACGCGCAAGCAUAUAAGACAAUGUUUAUUCUUUAUCAAGGUUUAAAUCCCAAAGUGCCGGUUUUAGUAAGGACCGAUAGCUAAAGUCUCACGUCAUAAUUAUUCUCUGUUACUAUAGAAACCACUGUGUGCUUGUACAGCUUUUACUGCCUAAUUGAGAUUCACUUUUCGUAAAAGUAUAUACUGGAACUAGGCAGAAAUGUAUUUUUUGUUCCCUUAUGACUUUUAUCGUAUUAUUGUGUUACGGUAAUAACAAUCGAAAUAUUUUGUGCCAUUAAGUAUCUAUUGAUAAGUGUAAAAAAUAAAAUUUUGCUACGAAAUUAAAUGAAA